GAUACACCAAAUCAGACAUUAUACUGUCCCGGGAUAGGAAGACAGUCUUCGCGUGCGCUGUCAUUGAGCAUCUUCAGCAGAAAUCUGAAGGUGUGGAUGCAGGAGUAGCAUAUAUAUGUUGCGCCUAUAAUGAGCGCCAUACAGUUCUUGCAUGCUCAAUUCCACGCGAGCUACCUCGCAACGAAGCAUAACGUGCGAAGUCUUCGUGAAGCCCUGAGAGAUCUUCCAAAAAGCUCGGGAGCGAUAUACCAGGAGGCGAUGGGAAAGUUGAAGAGUCAAAAUCCGGAGGCCGUUCGUUUAGCCGAGAAAAUGCUACUCUGGAUCGUCAAUGCAUCGCGGCCGCUUCGUGUCAAGGAACUUCAGCAUCUGUUGGCCGUGCGAGAAGGGGACCUCAAUAUCGAUGAUAAUGCACUUACUGCACCCACGUACAUCCUCUCGAUAUGCGCCGGCUUAGUAACCAUCGAUGAAAGAGGCAGCAUUUGUCGCCUAGUUCAUUAUACGGUGCAGGAGUUUCUCAGAGAGAACCGAGCUAGGUCUUUCCCCUGGGGUCAUCUUGGAAUGGCGUCUAUUUUUCGCCUGCAGUAUCCGUCCUUCGACUCCUUUGGAGCCGGACCUUGCCCUUCUUUCGACAAGCUGCGCCGGCGGCGGAAAUUUUAUGUGCUUUUCGAUUCGCUGCAAAAGACCUCGGCAAGCAUAUGUUUGGGGGUACAUCACAGAAGAAUGGUAGAUUUGGUACUCAGGCCUUUCCAGAACAAAGGUACAGUGGCUAGCAUCGCGCAGACUCUAUUCGUUGAACAACGUGGAGUCGGCGUGCCUGACUUCCCCGGCGACUUCCUGGGCAUACACUACGCAUCAUACCUCGGGCUUACAGACGGUGGAUCGAUUCGGAGACACGCCACUGUCUUUGGCAGCAGGAAGGAGGAUCUUAAGCUGUAG